AUGCGCAACACCCGCGCAUCGCCCGGGCCCUCAAUGAUCACUUACGUGCUAAUAACGCACGGAUACUUCUUCGGCACUCACCAAUUUCCCGUGAGAAUCCGCAAAAAGUCUGUGACAAAUAUGCUGCACUUAAGGCAGCUGGGAAUUCGAUUGGCUAGUACAUCCGCAGCUUCAAGGGCAACUGGAUCAGGAAAGUUAUUAGAUACAAUUAUAAGAGUAGAUCAUGCUGGAGAGUUAGGAGCCGACAGAAUAUACGCUGGACAAAUGGCUGUUUUAGGUAGGACAGCUGUUGGUCCGACUAUUCAGCACAUGUGGGAUCAAGAGAAAAAGCAUCGUGCCAAAUUCGAAGAAUUAAUUCGGAAAUAUCGUGUACGACCAACUGUUUUAACACCCCUUUGGAAUGUUGCUGGCUUUGUUCUUGGGGCUGGUACGGCGCUUAUGGGAGAAAAAGCAGCUAUGGCUUGUACCGUAGCAGUGGAAACGGUGAUCACAGAACAUUACAAUGAUCAAUUACGCGCUUUAAUGGAAAGUAAUGAAAAAAUAGACGAAGAAAUAUUAGAAACCAUUAAAAAAUUUAGAGAUGAAGAGCAAGAACAUCACGACACAGGUAUAGAUCAUGGUGCAGAACAAGCACCAUUCUAUCAAGCCUUAACAAAUGUUAUUAAAUUUGGUUGUAAAACAGCUAUAUCGGUAUCUAAAGUAAUAUAAAUAUGUAUACAAUACUUAAAUAAAGUAAAAUAGUUUGUUUUCUA